AUGGCGUCGAAACGCGCUGUCCUCCCUCUGCUGAGGCGCCAACUGCGACCCUCCUCCGCAUCUUCCCCCCGAUUCUCCCUCUCCACCGCCAUCAAUCCCUUCCCUCUCAAAAGGCACAUGACCCGACCCGCCAACGUCAUUCAAACCCGCGCCUUUUCACAGUCAGUAACCCGAUGCUUCACCGACGAAAAUGGGGACUUCGACCCGCGCUCGUUGGAGCGGGAAUCUGACGAGGUGGACGUCUGCAUUGUCGGAGGUGGCCCCGCUGGUCUGGCGGCCGCCAUUCGACUCAAGCAGCUGGCCAACGAGGCUGGCGACGAGGAGUUCCGCGUGAUCUUGCUGGAGAAGGCCGGCGAGCUGGGCGCGCACAUCGUGUCGGGCAAUGUGCUACAACCGACCGCGCUCAACGAGCUUCUGCCGGACUGGCUGGCGGAAGACAAUCCGUCGCGCUUUGAGGGUGCCACUCCGGCCAAGAACGACCGCAUGCGCUUCCUGACACAAAACGGUUCCUACCCGCUCCCUGCGCCGCCGCAGAUGAACAACCACGGCAACUACAUCGUCAGCUUGAACGAGCUGACCAAGUGGCUGGGCGAGCGCGCCGAGGAAGUCGGCGUCGAGGUGUACCCCGGUUUCGCAGCCAGUGAGGUUGUCUACCACUCCGACGGCUCGGUGAAGGGCGUUGCGACCAAUGAUCUGGGUCUGGGCCGAGACGGAAGGCCCAAGGAUACCUUUGAGCGAGGCAUGGAGUUCCACGCGCGCGUCACCCUCCUCGGCGAGGGGUGCCAUGGCAGUCUCACCAAACAAGUGAUGAAGAAGUUCGACCUGCGACGGGAUAGUCAGCCCCAGACGUACGGACUGGGCAUCAAGGAAAUCUGGGAGAUCCAACCCGAGAAGUUUAAGUCCGGUGAGAUCACCCACUCGAUGGGAUACCCUCUCCCCAAGGAUACCUACGGCGGUGCGUGGAUGUACCAUUUCGGCGACAACAUGGUCAGCAUUGGCCUGGUGGUAGGCUUGGACUACCCGAACCCGUGGUUGUCACCAUACCAGGAAUUCCAGAAACUCAAGCACCACCCUCUCUUCAAGGAGGUGCUGGAAGGUGGCAAAUGCAUCUCGUACGGUGCCCGCGCGUUGAAUGAGGGCGGGUUCCAGUCGAUUCCCAAAGUUGCAUUCCCCGGCGGUGCUUUGAUUGGCGAUACGGCGGGGUUCCUGAAUGUGCCCAAGAUCAAGGGCACACACACCGCGAUGAAGUCGGGCAUGCUGGCGGCCGAAGCUACUUUUUCGGCUCUGCGGUCCCAUAGUGAGGGCACUGUGUUUUUGUUCGACUACGAAAAGGCGCUGCGUGAGUCGAGCAUCUGGAAGGAAUUGUACGAGGUGCGCAAUAUGCGGCCCUCGUUCAACGGCCCCCUCGGUUUCUUUGGGGGGCUCCUCUACUCUGGCCUGGAAGCCUACAUCUUCCGCGGCAAGGUCCCAUGGACGUUAAACCACCACGGCACAGACGCAGAGGCAACCCGACCUGCAUCCGAGUUUGCCAAGAUCGAAUACCCCAAGCCGGACGGGGAGAUCAGCUUCGACAUCCUGACCAGCGUGAGCCGCACGGGGACCAACCACGAAGAGGACCAGCCGGUGCAUCUGCAAGUGGAAGACUGGGACAAGCACAAGGACCUCGCGUGGCCGGCGUACCAGGGCAUUGAGAACCGCUUCUGUCCCGCUGGGGUGUACGAGUAUGUCGAGGAUGCCAGCAAGCCGCACGGAGUGCGGUUCCAGAUUAACGCCCAGAACUGUAUCCACUGCAAGACCUGCGAUAUCAAGGUGCCGACACAGGAUAUUAACUGGCAGACUCCCCAGGGAGGCGAGGGGCCCAAGUAUAUUAUGACCUAG